GAAACACUGAGAGAGAGAAUGAGAAAGAAUGAAACGGAGGAUGAGAGAGACGGAACGAGAGAAAAGAGAGUGACAGGGAGGAGAGCAGGAGGAGGAUCUGGAAAGCUGUCCCACACACAUACACACGCACACGCACACACACAUGCACACACUUCUACACAAGUGAAGCCCAGGAGAGUACAGGUGGGAGUGCAUUAAACGGAGUUCAUCUCAAUAUCCUAGUGAAGUCAAAUCUUCAGGCUCAUUCUGGAGAAACCAUCUGCUCAGGUCUGCUUCGUCUCAUCGGACCUAAUCUGAACAGGACAAAUAAGCCCAACGUCGAGUCUGACACUGAUUGAGAGAACACACAGGGUUUAACGAAGCCACCCAAGGAGACUUCGGUCAGUAAUGUGAGAACAUAGAGGGACUAUUACAGCAAGUCGCUGUUUAUAAUAGGAACAGAAGGUAUAAAGACUAAUAAACCCUUGUUGAAAUGGGAAUUAUUUGAACAGUGACACUCAGACAUUCGUCUGACCUUUCCAGUGAAUAGUGCUUUCAUGCUCUAAUGAAAUUACAGCAAGCUACAGUACGUCACCUUUCUUUAGAGACAUUGUUGGUGCGUGUAGCUUUUGAGAAGCGUGACCUGCCUGGUGGAGACUCUGAUAUACGAGCAGGGGAGUGUUUGGGGACUGAAAGAAGAAAGAAAGGAAGAGAAAUGUCUGGAUCGCCGAGGAAAAACAAACCCGAGAAAAAGAACAGUGGAUGGUGUUUCGGCUUUUACCGGAUCUGCAGUGGAGCACGUCGCAAAUUGUGAAAUUGCUUUUUGGCGGCUUUCCAUUGGAACUGGUCCAAGGUGCAUCUAAAGGAAUCUCCCAGGAUUUCGCUUUAGAGCUAUAGUGUGUGGCAUCGAAAGUAAAAGUGUAUCUCUGUCUUGCUGCUUAACGGACUGUCCUCAAAAGGACUCAAAGGCUGAAGCUCUAAGUCAGAUUUUUUUUUUUGUCGUUUUUGCGUUGAAAAAAGAGCAGCACUUGGAACCCUCCCUUCUGGCCAUCCUGACCACCCAUUAGGCACAAACCUUUAGUCAAGUCUAGGCACGCAGGAAAACCGGACCCUCAAGACCAAAAACCUUUGUUUUUUUCUUUUAAUCCCUUGAAGUAGCCACUCUUGAGCAAGGAGAUGGAAAGAGGACACGACCCAGUCAGGAGAGGGAUCAGCUGGGCUGGACACGGUACCACGACUCAUGGUACCACGAUCUCAUGUGAGGAAAGCACAGACAGGACCGGAGCUGAUUCCUGGGAAAAGGAGAAGAACAACUGGGUCAAAGCGAAGCCUCUGCUGACCUCCAGCACUGGUCGCCCAGCGCGGAAAACAAAUCUUGGCCGGAGCGCCAGCUUGUCGGAGAACGAGCUGAAGGAAGCGAGGACACGAAGUCAGAUUAUUGCUGCACAACUGACUGUGCCGUCAAACCCCAACUCCCGAGGCGUCCUGCUCUUCAACCGCCGCAGAGAGAGAGUGAACGCCUUCACACUCGUGAGUGUUGCUGGAGGAGGAGAAGAAAGCCACCAAGAGUCCCACGAUGAACCCGACUCACCUCCUCCAAGUGCAUUAACAUGGAACAGGGAGUGCUCGACUGACAACCAGAUCAAACACAGAAGAAGCGAAACGCAGCUCCAGUCCAGGCCGACUGUCGUAACACACAGCAAGGGACGUAAAAUGGAGGUGGCACAUGAAGUUGGAGAUAGUGUUCAAGAGAGGCAUUUUCUCCCCGUAAAUGAUAAGGAUGAAGAAAUUCCUGAGCAUGGAGAGGCAGGGAAGGAUGUUGGUGACAGUAGUCCUGCAGUUCCUAAUCCUAACCAAGAAAGAGAGCAGGAAGUGAAGCUAAAUGGGGCAUAUGAAAGCCCUUCGGAGGCUCUUAAAGCCAUCCCAAACAGAAGCCACAGCACUGAGACCAAUAGUAAAGCAGAUGACUCGGCAUCGAAGCAGUCGUCCAUCACAAACAAGACAGCUCGGCCUUUUUUCUCGUCUGCGGUGGUGAACUUGACUGGAGCCAGCAGCCUCUCUCCAGACAUCCCUCUUGCCCCAUCCUACUCCACUUCACUUCCAGGUCAGAAUGAACCACCUGCUACUGCAUAUUCGGGCCAAGAACCUCCAACUUUUGUGAAACCGGCUUUUGCGGUAUCCUCCAGACAGAUGUUCUCCCCUCCACCUCCAGCUCCUUCAUACCCAACCCCUCCGCUUCCCGGCUACAUGAGCCUACCUCCGUCUAUCCCAUCUGAUCCUCCUCCACCAUCCGCCAUGUCUCCCCCUCCAUCACCUGCCUACUACACUCACUUGACCACACCAAGCUCCACCUAUGUCCCUCAGCUGCUCGCUGACAGGAGUUCAGUGACGCCCAGUCGCACGGGCGUCCUAGAUGAAGGCCGAAGUAGGCGGACUAACCGCAAGUCGAUGUUUACGUUUCAGGAGAAGCCAAAAUUAGCUCCGAAUCCUGAGCUCCUGUCUCUGGUCCAGGGAGCAGAUGAGAAGAAAAGGGGCAGAGGACAGGCAGAAGCACAUCAGGAAGAGGAGCAGCUGGCUCUAGGGGCAGAGGCCUCCAAUUUUCUGGUCAAGGAUGAAAGUGGUGUGGAAGAGGCUUUAGUGCCAGAGUGGGCCUCCACACUGAAAAGCUCCAGAACUCGAGCCAGGGUAGAGCACAAGCCUGAGCAAGCCCUGACCAAUGCAUCCGGCAAAGGAGCAGAGCUGUUUGCCAAACGCCAGACCAGAAUGGACAAAUAUGUUCAUGAAAAUGCAGAGGGACUUAGAUCACCUUCUCCCACCACGUCUCUGCCUCCCUCAUGGGUGUAUCCAUCAAACAUGCCCGGUCGCGUCAAGGCCAUGAUUAAUGCCUCCAACGUCACCACAGAGAUUUCCAAGACUCUCCAAGCCCAGCACGCCACACAGAAGAAGAACAUGCCAGCAAAGGCACCAGUACCAGCUCCGGUCCUGGAGAACCCAACAUUGGAGAAUGGCUGCACCAGAGUGGAAAUGGAGCUGUCCCGCCACCAGCCUUACCAGCUCAAUUCGUCACUGUUCAUCCUCAACCCAACCAAGAACCCUGUAAGCACUCUUCCCAAAGCAGCACCCCCUCCCAAACCUGUGGUGAUGAGAUCCUCAUACUCCAAACAGACCUCUCUUCCAUCUACCCCUAUCCCAACCCAGUACGACUCACACGCCUACAGGUCGGCCUAUUGCUUCUCCCCACCCAUGAUGCCUCUGGAAUCGGUGAGCAGGGCUGUGCCCACCCCUGUGUCAGGUUUAGCUCCUGAGCGUAUAACUUCUCCUCGGUCGGUCAUACAGGCACCCAAGCCCACCUUCUCAACCAAGAAAGCUGGGAUUACCCCACAGGCCAAGGAAGAAUCUCCAGUUGCACCACAGUUCAACAGCCCCAAUAGCCCAACACCUUGGACACCUAACCUGUCCCGCCGCCUCAGCAGCACUGAUAGAUCCCCAGGUGCCGUGUGGACCCCCAGCAGCCAACGCAGCUCUCUGGUCACCUCCCCACCACCAAGAACCAUCCAUAACCCAGUCAACGCUGUUCCCUCUUCACCACCACCAAGGUCGACCCAUAAUUCCAUGACCUGCUCCCCAAACUCAGGCUCUAUUCAUAACCCAGUCACUGCAUCUCUACCACCACGGCCUAUUCAGAACCCCAUCAGCCCUCCCCCAACCCCAAGAUCCUUCCAUAACCCAGUCGCUUCAUCCCCAACUCCACAGUCCAUCAGCUCCUCCCCAACACCAAAACCCUUCAAAAGUUCUAUCUCCAUCAUCUCAUUGUCCAGGUCCACCAAUAACCGCACUGCCACCACUCCUGUAUCUCCACCUUGGGAAACCAGGUGCCAAUCCCCCAGCCCUCUUCAAGACACCAAGGCCAAUCACCGCCUCCUAGCCAAGAACAUCAUCAACGCAGCAAAGCGGAAGAACAGCCUAUCGCCCGGGGCUCUAAGUGGCCAUGGUCUCCUUAUGUCUCCAGUGAGCAGCACCAUUUUGCCAUUUGAGACCAAACCUCCGAGUCCCUUUCAGUCUCGCUCGCUAGUAGCCCAGUCACCCACAUUCACCAGCCCCCCACCCACCCCCACCCAAAUAGUCCGGUCCCCCCUGCGCCUCUACACCACUCGCUCGCUUACUGAUUCAGAUGCCUCGUUGGAAUCAGAGGACUCUGGAAUGCGUUCCCCUGGGGUCCGUAGCCACAACACCUGCCCUCGUGGCUGGUCUGGAAGUUUGAGGCUCAAAAGAGGUGGAAUGUCAGAAGACCUGUAGGUUGUAGACCUAUAAUGAAGAAAGAACUUUGUACUUGAGCUUGGACUAUCCAAUGGAAAAGAACAGUGGUCAUCAGUCAUACUUACCUAUCAGACCUACUUACCUAUAGAAUUUUAUUUGCAACACUUGAUUCAGCUACACCGCCUGCCUACGCUUUUACCAUUCACAAUGAAUUUUACCAUUCAAAAAAAACAGAAGGACAAGAAGAGUACAAGGGGCCUAAAGAGAUUACACAGAUUCUAGAAUAAGUUUCUAGAGUGACUGAUUUCGUUUAAGACAUAUAAAUAUGACAACUAACAAAUGUUUCAGACUUGGCUCCGACCUGAGUACCUCAGGCCAGUCAGUUGGGUUGGUGACCGCAAAGAGAAUGAACUACAAUCGAGGGACCACAGAGAAUGGACAGAAAACUUGACUACAAUUUAGGGCCCAUAGGACAUGGACUACAAUCUAGGAAUAAUAGAGAAUGGAUGGGAGCAAGAACCAUAAUCUAGGCAUCCUAAAGAAUGAAUAAGAGAAUGGACUACAGUCUAGGGGUCCUGGAGUAUGGACGGAAGAAUGCACGACAAUCAGAAAGCGGAUAGGAGAAUGGACCACAAUCUAGGGAUCGUAUAAAACAUGGACAGAUGAAUGGAUUACAAUCAAAGGAUCCUAGAGAAUGGACAGUAGACUGGACUACAAUCAAGGGAUCCUAAAAGAAUGGACUACAAUCUUGUAAUCAUGGAGGAUGCCUGAGAGAAUUGGCUACGAAAUGGAGCAAGACUGAUUCCAAUUUUAUCCCUAUCAUUCCAAAGUGGCCUUUAUAUUCUGAAUGUAAUGCUGGGGGAGUUUGGGAUUUAAUCAACGCUUGUGUUGUGUGAUGUUAAUCUGCUUGGAUCUAUGAAGCAUUAAUGAAAAAAAAAACCCUUUUAUUCUCUCAAUCAGUGGUAUUCAGUCUCAGUCUGGUUUGACUUUCUGCAUGCAUUUUUCGUGUGCCACACUCGAUUCCACUCAUGAUGGACUUGGUAUUGGGAAUGAGUGGAAACAGGUGUGUUGAACGAAGUCAAAUCUGUGCAAUAAAAGCGAAUCCCAGGCCCGGCACUGAAUACCUCUGCUUUUAUUGCCUUGCACCUGACUGUUUGUUCUUUUGACAGACUGCACAUUACAUCUACCAAAGACUUUCAAUGGCUUCUGGUGACCAAAGAAAUGUUUGACAUGCGAGUACCUUCGAAGCAGUGUUAUAUUUUCUCACUUUCUGCAUUUUGCCUCGUUGUCUUUUUUUUUUUUCCUUUAGUGUUGAUUUUGGAUCAUUGGAGUGCAAAGGUAUGUAGUUUACUGCCAGUGUUUGCCGUUUGACACGAACACAGAAGGAAUGGAUUGGUACAAAGUGAGUGAAAGUCAUUUCUGAAAGGGUAAAACUCCGGAGUGUUUUGUUAAGCCGAACCGAUUAGGUUUAACGGCAUUGUUUACGUCCGUGAAUUAUAUUAUGUUCUAUAAAAGCAGUAACCUGAUUAGUAGCUGGCUUUAAAACACAAUUACUGAACUGCGGAGGAGGACGGAGAUUCGGCAUUUCAUCUAAUCCACAAUUUAGUGUAUAUACCCUCUUGCUUUUACCUAAACAGGAGGUUUAUAGUGUUGUAAUGGAAAUAAGAAGGGCAGUAAGUGUGCAAUUUAAGGAAAGUAGAUCUGUGUCUAGAAUGAAGCAUGUUGGAAUUUGUGAAAAAGGUAGCGAUACAGCAAACGCGUUGACAAAUGUGAAAAACGUCACAGACGGAACAGGGUUCUGUAAUUUACGUUACUUUUAUUUCAAUGACCAAAUUAUUUCCGUUUUAGAAGGCAAAGGAAAGUAAUGGAAGGAAAAGAGAUGAUCUUCUUAGGUUGUGUUCAGAGGUGGACAAAUCAUAAAUUAACUCGCCAGCCCGUCAGGACAUGUUAAAGCACCCACUGAGGCUAAAAGGUAGCUAAUGUAAUGUAGAAACAUACGGCCAGCUAGUUAGCUAGUGAAGAAUAAUCUGUACACGCCUAAUCUGUAAUUAAUCCCCGUGUCUCGGCUGAAACGUGUGGUGCAGCAGGCCGUGCAAUUCUGAAUUUAUAUAUAUAUAUAUAUAUAUAUAUAUAUAUAUAUAUAUAUAUAUAUAUAUAUAUAUGAAUGUGCUAUACUUAGAGCUAAGUAAGGAUUGUUUUGUGAGUACGUCAGUAAGGAAUAGGGAUUAUCGGUAGAGCGAGCACCACACCGAACACUCUCUCUCCCAGUUAAGACGAUCUUAUCUAUGUGAAGCUUUUGGGAAACUCAGCCAUACUUGUCCUGUAAAAAAAAAAAAAAAAAGGACAAGGAAUUUGCUUGUCCUGGAAGCCCGGGCUAGUGAUUUGUCCACCGCUGGUGUGAUUUCAAUACUGUAUAGUGUCCAUUCCAUCUAGUAAUCACGUAAUCACGUAAUAGAUAAAUGACUUUAUUUGCAAAAGGAUGACGUUCAGAUUGUAUUUUUUAUCCUUUAACGUCAUCUGAAGGAAUACUUCACGCAAAAACCAUGGCCAAUGAAUGUAGAUACAAUUAUCACGAUGCAUCCUUUUCCUAAUGCUAACUGACUUUCGUUUGUUAAUAGAAACGCCGACUGUUUUGGACGAGGUUCCUUUAAUUGAACAGUUUCUAGACACCGAGAGCGUCUUAGAGCUUGAACAAGCACAUAUAUUCGUUUAUUUUUAAUUUUUUUUAAAUAUGCAAGAUCACUUUUUGCACUGUUUUUUUUUUGUUGUUGUUUUGUACUCGGAAGCAUGCAGGGGACACAUCCAGUGUAAUACAAACAGAUAUUUGUAUAAACUGCGCACUGUCUCGUAUCUCGUUUCCCGUUUGAACUGUACGCGGUGAUGACAGAGGUAGACGUUCCUCACAGCAAACUUCCGGCGGUGUGAAAAACGUAGUAUCCCAUCCUGUCGAGCGCUGCAUCUCAUUAUAACACAUGCAGAAGUGAUUCUUCUCUGGAGUCGUGACACUCUAUAUUGGUACAUCAGCAGAUUUCUGAGUCGUCACUUGCACACACGCCCUGAGUGACAGGAACACCAGCUGCAGGGUGUCUUGGCACCUUGGACCAGAAUAUCGUCUCAGCUUUUCAGCCCCCGUAAAACCAACCCCAGCCUUCAUAUGCACUUCUUCUAACAGUUAGUGUUUAUUAAUUUUUAUAUAUUUUUUUUUCCAUCUUGGUAUUAUGGCUAUGCAACCAGCAUCUAUUUUUGCUUUUAUAAAUGCUGUGUAAUUUAUAAAUAAAUAAACUUUUUUUUUUUUUUGAAA